UCGCUGAAGUAUACAAGAAUUGGUAAUAGCUUUUCACCGGUUAAGAUGGUAGAUUUUAAGCAACCUCUGCCCGUUAUAAAACGCCGUAAUUCCAACUCUAAAAAUAGUGAUCCUGAAAUAUUUAGAGAAGACAAUAAGCUCUUAAAACUAGAUGAGAACAUUGAUGAGCAUUCCCAGGAAUUUAGUAGUACUAUUUUAAAACGGUUAUUACUAAGUUUACAGAAGAAAAUCAAUAUUAACCAAGAGCUCAGAAUUAAGUAUCCCGAACAACCAGAAAAAUUUAUGGAAAGUGAAAUCGAACUUUAUGAAGAAAUUCAAAACUUUAGUGUCUUAGCUACCGCCCCUGAUUUGUUGCCUGAAUUUAUAGAAAGUAAAGUUUUCACUCUCACCAUCCAACUUUUAGCACAUGAAAAUGCAGACAUUAGCAGCGCUGUAGUCCAGCUUUUCUUUGAGUUAACGGAUGAUGAAGUAUUAACUGACUUUCCCGAUGAAGCCAAUACCCUAAUUGAAGCGCUGGUAAAGGACAAUUUUAUUCUACUUCUUUACCAAAACAUUAUUCGCAUGGAUGAGAAGAAUGCCGACGAUAGCACGUGUGUCCAUUCGACGCUGGGAAUACUCGAGAACUUUACUUCAUUGGAGCCAAAGUUGUGUGAAACCAUAGUAGAUUCCUCAGAGUUUUUACCUUGGCUACUUGGAAGGAUCCGUGUUAAGCAGUUUGAUCAGAAUAAACUCUAUGCGAGUGAAAUAUUAUCUAUUUUACUUCACCACGGAGAAAUAAUUUCCAGGAAACUGGGAGAAAUGGGCGGAAUCGACUCUCUACUUCGCUCUUUAGCGCAUUAUCGAAAUAAAGAUCCCAAAGACAGCGAAGAAAUUGAGUUGCUCAAUAAUUUGUUUGACUCUCUGUGCUCUUGUUUAUUGGUAAAAGAAAACAAGAAGCAUUUUUUACAAGAAGAAGGGAUUGAAUUACUUAUAAUUAUGCUCAAAGAAAAGAAAAUGGCGAGCGUUGGUGCAGUAAAAGUCUUAAAUUAUUGCUUUACUGGAGGAAACGAAUUUGAAGCCUGCAAAAAAUUUGUGGAUCAAUUUGGACUGAAAAGUUUAUUUCCGAAAUUUAUGAAACCUCCCAAAAAAUUCAUAAAGGGUUUAGAGGUGAACGACUUUGAAGAAAGCGUUGUUUGUAUUAUUUAUGAUAUGCUGAGAGCAUUUUCGGAGAACAGCGCUUAUAAAACUCGUGUUCUCGGCAAGUUUAUCGAAAGCGACAUGAUAAAGAUAGAGAGAUUAGUUGAGCUGCAUGAAAAAUAUUUCGAGCAAAUUCAAAAAUGUCGUAAAGCAAUUGAGGCAGAAAAAAUGGAGCUUCAACUUGAAGGCAAGAAGCUUACCGAGUAUGACACUGCCAGAUUUGAAAUGAAAGAAUACGAUGCUGGCUUAAAUACUCUUCGCCUUGUGGAUUAUUUGCUUUGUUACUUAUGCGCCAGCGAAGUACCAGAAUUUCAAGUUCGAAUAUAUAAACUCUUCGAUCAAAAGCAGAAGAGAAUUACAGAGUUUCUCGCUACGCUUGAAGAUAACAUUAAAGACUUGGAAAACGCUUCGACUGAAGAUACAGAUAAAGCUGCUAGAGAUGUGAAAGCAAUGAAAGAAUUACUUUUAAAAAUUAAGCGUUAAAAGAAGCGCUUCUAUAUAUUCUUUAGCUUUGUUAUUAGUGUUAAAAUGCACAUUUGGAAAAGUCUUAAAGGGAUCGUUACUAGCUUAUUGGGCCAUACAGCUAUCCCCAGGCGACUCUAAGUUUGUUAGUUGGACCAACUGCCACGAAGAGAGUUGUGCAGUCAUUUCCUAUUUCCUGGUGCAAGUUUCACAUGAAAGUUCUUAUCAAUUAUAGAAGAGUUAGGACCCUUAAA